AUGGCCUUGGCAAAUGGCUUUUCUGUAUGGUCAAAAAUAAAAAGUAUUCAAAAACCUCGACCUGAAGCUCAUUUUCGUACCAGGCCAAAAACCGUUUGUCAAUGCCAAUUAUACAGUAUUUUCUUAUGCUUUAUUGGUAUUACAACAUUAAUAACCGAAAUAGAUAGUGCACCUUGUUCUUAUAAGAUACCAGAUGUAAGAGAGAUUGUUUUCGAUGUUCCUCUUGACAGCAAUCUGGAAGAAAGCAAUGAAAAUGAUAAGAUUCGCGGAAGGCGUAGCGUAGAUGAUGAUGAUACGUUUCAAUCAUUACGAAUUCAUUUGCAUUAUGAUAGAGCUAGCAUUGACAGGUUAUCGCCAGAACUUCAAUUAUUUGUGAAUACAUCGUUGUUGCCUGAAGCUGUGAAUUACUGGCAGAUUGCCCUUGCAGUACGUCCAACUCAAAUUCCAAUUCGACUCAACAGAAAAUGUUUGUCAAAUCUGUAUUAUAUGCGUGCUCAUGAGAAACGACAAUCAUGCGUUUUGGGUUGUAAAGUAGAAACAAGUUGUGGUGAAGUAAUCAUUCCUGACGAACAUUUAUUUCAAUGCCGCUAUUGUACAUCUUCAUAUUUUGAAAACUGUGGGAAUAUGGGACCUCCUGAUGGAAUCGGGGUACCAGAUACGGAUUUUUUGCUCUAUGUUUCAGCUGUACUUUCAGACCGUUGCAAAAAUGUCGAUACUGUAGCGUAUGCUGCACACUGUCAACAGGAAGCUGAUCUCGACCGGCCAAUUGCUGGACAUGUAAAUUUAUGCCCAAAUGCUCUCUCUACUGCAGCUCAUGACCGAGAAGUAUUGAUUUCCACGGUCAAGCAUGAAAUAUUACAUGCUUUGGGAUUUUCCGCAGGAUUAUAUGCAUUUUUUCGUGAUGAAAAUGGAAAUCCUAGAACUCGUCGAAAUCGUUAUAACAAGCCAGUAUCACUAAACAAAGAACGUGGAUAUUACAACUGGGAUGCAAAUACUAUCAAAACAAUUGUACGAGAUGAUUGGUGGACCGCAGAAGGAAUGAUAUCGCAUCCAAUACACGUGAUGAUUACUCCUCGUGUACAGCAGGAAGCUCAGCUUCACUUCAAUUGUUCUACUCUAGAAGGAGCAGAAUUAGAGAAUCAAGGUGGUGAUGGUACUGCUUUUACACACUGGGAAAAACGUCUUUUUGAAAACGAGGCGAUGACUGGUACGCACACUCAAAAUCCUGUAUAUUCCCGUUUGACACUUGCGCUUUUGGAAGAUAGUGGUUGGUAUAAAGCAAACUACAGUGCUGCUGAAUAUCUUCAUUGGGGCCGUAAUCUUGGCUGUGAAUUUGCUAUGAAAAGUUGUGGUGAUUGGAUUAGAACUCGACGGGAAAAAAACUUACUGCCAGUACCAUUUUGCGAUGAAAUAAAACACGACGGGAAACGAUCAUUGGCAACAACACGAUGCACAGCACUGCGAGAUUCAUUAGCUUUAUGUAAUUUGAUGCCAUAUCGACACCCAAUUCCAAUGGAAUAUCGUAAUUUUGUGCUAUUAGAUGAAGUACAAAAUGGUAAUACAGUAUAUUACGGAGGGUCUGUGGAACUAGCUGACUACUGUCCAUAUAAUCAAGAAUUUGAAUGGAAAGCUUCGAAUUCAACUGAUCGCCGUGAUAGUCGCUGCGAAUUAGUUGGGAACUUCGCUCCCAUACAUACAAAUUCAAUUCUUGAAGUUUAUGGUAAUCAAUCAAAAUGCUUUGAUUUAGCAACUCUUUGGACAGAACGUAAGUGUGGUCAUAUUCGGACAUUUAUGCAAUACAAAGCUGGCUGUUAUCAGUACGAAUGUCACGAAGGUCGACUACACAUCAGUGUAUUUAAUGAAAGCUUAUCGUAUCCUUGCUAUUUUGUUGGUCAGUAUAUUCACAUAAAAAAGAUUAUAAAUGGUUGGCUACGUGAAGGAAUUAUUAUUUGUCCACCGUGUAAUGAAAUAUGCCGUCCAGAAAAUUUUCCAGUAGAUGAUAAAUACGGUUUUUGUCAAGACGAAAUCGAAGAAAAUAUUCCUGAAUACGUUGGCGAUGAAAUAAUUGAUGAGCCUUGUCAAGCAGCAAUAAAUUUUUCUUACACUGCAGUUUCUGUUCUUUUAUUUAUUACAUUUACUCAAACUUUUAUGCAUUUUCACGGGUUUUAAUU